ACUCAGGCGCUGAGGCGGCCGUCCUGGGGUCCUUCGCUCCGACCUCCCAGGGGGCAGCGCGCGCGUUCGGCCUUUCGCCGCCAUUUUGGUGGGACGCCGCAGGGCCUGCGGGGACCAGGGCUCUAGGAGGACACCAUGACCGGGAGGCUGUGGUGCAAGGCCAUUUUUGCUGGCUACAAACGUGGCCUCCGAAACCAGCGGGAGCACACUGCCCUUCUGAAAAUUGAAGGUGUUUAUGCCCGUCAGGAGACAGACUUCUACUUAGGCAAGAAGUGUGCCUAUGUGUACAAAGCUAAAAACAACACUGUAACCCCUGGUGGCAAGCCCAACAGGACACGAGUGAUCUGGGGGAAGGUAACCCGCGCCCAUGGCAACAGUGGCAUGGUUCGUGCCAAGUUCCGCUCCAACCUUCCUGCCAAGGCCAUUGGACACAGAAUCCGAGUGAUGCUGUAUCCAUCUAGGAUCUAAAUUUUUAUUGAAAAUAAAAUGGAGAGUCUGUUUAA